AUGAGAAUUAAUUAUUGUGAAAACGGCUGCAUGUUAUACUAUAAGGAUUACAUUGAUCUAGAAUCUUGUAAGUUUUGUCAAAGAGCUCAUUUUAGAAAAGCUCCCAGUGGGAAGAAAGUUGAUGUGAAGGCAAUGCAUUACUUACCUCUUAUACCAAGGCUCAAGAGGUUAUAUGCAUCAAAUAGGUCAGCUCCGCACAUGAGAUGGCAUCAUGAAAAUAGAAGACCGCCUGGUGUUAUGUGUCAUCCAUCUGAUGGAGAGGCCUGGAAGCAUUUUGAUAGAAAAUAUCCAGAGUUUGCAGCCGAACCACGGAACAUUAGGUUGGGUUUAUGUUCAGAUGGAUUCACUCCAUACUCUGUUUCUGCUGCACCAUAUUCUUGUUGGCCUGUAUAUUUGACACCAUAUAAUCUUCCACCUGAGAUGUGCAUGACCAGUCCUUAUAUAUUUCUCAAUUGUAUUAUUCCUGGCCCACUUAAUCCAAAAAUCAUGAUUGAUGUAUACUUUCAACCUUUGAUUGAUGAGUUGAAUCAAUUGUGGAUUGAAAGGGUUGAAACAUUUGAUGUGUCGCUUAAGCAAAAUUUUAAUUUGUGGGCUGUCUUAAUGUGGACUAUUAGUGAUUUUUUUGCUUACGGAAUGUUGUCCGGGUGGAUGAAAACUGGCAAGUUAGCCUGUCCUUACUGUAUGGAAAAUACUAAAUCAUUCACUUUGAAACAUGGCCAAAAAAAUUGUUGGUUUGAUUGUCACCGUCGGUUUUUGCCCAUGGAUCAUGAGUUUAGGAAUAUGAAAAAUGAAUUUAGAAAUAAUACGGUUGAUCGAGACUGUCCACCUCCAAUCUAUACGAGAGAACAAGUUUGGGAGAGGGCUCAACACUUUCCAAAGGUUACAGAAGAACAACCGUAUAAAUUUGAUGGCUAUGGUGUUGCACAUAAUUGGACAAAACAAAGUAUAUUUUGGGAAUUAUCAUAUUGGAAGGAUCAUCUUCUUCGACAUAAUCUUGAUCCCAUGCAUACUGAAAAGAAUUACUUUGAUAAUUUAUUUAACACAGUAAUGGAUGUCAAUGACAAGACAAAAGAUAAUAUUAAAGCUAGAAUGGACUUACCAGAAUAUUGUAGGUGA